AAAAUGGCGUCAUUGUUUCUUUUGUAAAAACAGCGUGCUUCGUCACCAGCAUACCCCACUGGUCAGAGCCCAGAAGUUGAACCAUGGAGAGCAAUCAUUUAGUCAACACCGUCCACUCACACUUCAUCAGUGCAAUCAUCGGCAUCAUCAUCUUCCUCAUUUUGACCCACAUCCUGAGCAUCAUCUUCGUCCUAACAUCACUUGGCAGCAUCAUCCCGUCUUGGAUACAGACAUACUUACCUUCUUUUUACGUAAAUCUACUCUUACACCUCAUUUGCAUACAUGGAUGCUGAAUACUGGAUCAAGUUGACACAAACCAUUCCUCCUACAGCACAGACUGGCAACAGAGAACAGGGAGGAUAUCAAGAAACUCAUGCUGCUUGUCGACGAGAUGAAGACUGUGAAAGAAACUGGAGAAGAUGAAGACUGUGGAAGAAGAACAUAUGGGAAAGACAAAGACCUUGGAAGAAAGUGUGAAGAAGAUCAAGACUGUGGAAGAACAUCUGGGAAAGACACAGACCUUGGAAGAAAGUAUGAAGACUGUGGAAGAAGAACAUCUGGAGAAGACAAAGACCUUGGAAGAAAGUGUGAAGAAGAUCCAGACUGUGGAAGAAGAACUUCUGAGAAAGACAAAGACCUUGGAAGAAAGUAUGAAGACGAUGAAGAUUGGGGAAGAAGAACAUCUGGGGAGGACAAAGACCUUGGAAGAAAGUGUGAAGAAGAUCAAGACUGUGGAAGAAAAACUUCUGGGAAACACAAAGACCUUGGAAGAAAGUAUGAAGACUGUGGAAGAAGAACAUCUGGGAAAGACAAAGACCUUGGAAGACACUGUGGAGAAGAUGAAAACUGAACAAACACAUGAACUGGAAAUGAAAAUUAAGAAACUCAUAGCACUUGUCGACGACAUGAAGACUGUGGAAUACCAUCUGCAGAAGACCCUGCAAGAGAGUGUGGACAAGUUGCAUAUUCAGACUGUAGACGUUGCAGACAACAAAAAGAAAACUGAGGAACUCAUGCCACUUGUUGACAUGAAGACUGUGGAAGACGAACAUCCGGGGAAGAAAAUACCUUGGAAGAAAGUGUGAAGACGAUGAAGACUGUGGAAUAAGAACAUCUGGGGAGGACAAAGACCUUGGAAGAUGGUGUGAAGAACAUCGAGACUGUGGAAGAAGAACAUCUGGGAAAGAAAAAGACCUUGGAAGACAUUGUGGAGAAGAAGAAAACUGAACAAAUACAUAAACUGGAAAUGAAAAUUGAGAAACUCACGGCACUUGUCAACGACAUGAAGACUGUGGAAGACCAUCUGCAGAAGACCCUGCAAGAGAGUGGAUAAGUUGCACUUUCAGACUGGAGAAGUUGCAGACAACAAAAAGGAAGUUGAGGUUUAAAAAAAACUGUUUUCUACAUUUGAAUAGUUGGAUUCUGAUCUUCACUCAUGCCACUUGUCGCCGACAUGAUGUUGACAAAUGCCAUUCAGACUGGAGAAGUUGCAGUUGAGAGACAUGGACCAAUUGUGGCCACGCUGGAGAAGAACGCGGAACAUGAAGGUUGGUGUUUGAAGCUGUCAGUGUUAUCCAGCUGGAAUGGUCGUGUUGGACAACUGGACAGCUUUUCUGCUGGGCACUCACAUCCUCUUGGUGACUUGUGUUGAUGGAAAGGGGAGGUGUGAUAAGAAACAAGUAUGAUGCAAUAAAAAUGGGAGGAGUGUGGAGUGUCUGCAAGCUGGACACUUUUUUAUUUCAAACUAUCUUUUAUAUUUGUUGUGUUU